CCUCUGCAUCGAUGAAGUUCAAAGCGUUUCUGACUGAGAACGGAAUGAACCUAUUGGAGAAGAGGUUCCUUGCAGCACUCGACAAGAUGGGAAAAGUGUGCCACUUGUACCUCACAAAAGACCACGCUAUCUUCCUCCAUAACCUCCUCAACGGCGACGGCGUUCAAUCCAUCGCACAGUUUCGCAAAGAAGCGCUCUUCGAUGAUUACAGAAUCUCCAGCCAGAACGACGAUCGUAUCGCAUUCGCCGUCGAUCUUUCCCUUCUCCAUCGCGCCCUCCGCAGCGCCGUCGCCAUUUGCUCUGAAUUCGCCGCCUCUGCCUCCGCCUCCCCUAACCGCCUCCAGAUUAAGCUCGUCAAGAAGCUUCCCCCAAAUUGCACCCAACCAAUGCCCUUUCUCACCUUCGAAACGCGAGGCUAUAAAUCCGCGGUAAUUCAAGAUAUCCCUAUCUCCAAACCGUUGUCCAGAGCUCAAGUUGUUGAGCUUCAAAACGCUUUGGAUAUGGCACAAGAUCUUCCCCAAACGCUGGUUCAGGUGCCUGAUUUGAACCAGUUGCUCAACUUUGUGGAUCGGAUGAAGCAGUUAGGUGAUGUUUUGAAUGUUUUCAUAAGCAAGUAUGGGGAUUUUAGCGUGCAGGUUUCGACCACACUGAUCAGCCUUAGUGCUGAGUUUGGGAAACUGUUGGUGAUUGGGGAGCAAGCAAAUGCUCCUGCAGAAGAUCAAAAUGUCAGUGCUCAGACGCGAUCGUCAAGGUCGAUUUCAAGAGGAGAUGGUCAAUCUGUGCAGGUGAGUGUGAAGCAUUUUGUCAAGAGUCUGCAGUGUCACUUGGCCAAACCAGAUUGUGCUUUCUAUGGGAUCGCUCCUCAGGGAAGUUGUUUGACUGUGAUAUUCCAGUUCUUCAUUCCUGGUUCUCGCCAAACUGAUAAAUCAAUUAGUUUGCAUUGCAGGAUUCCUGUUCUUGACCCUGGUUCUGGGUAAACCUCCCUACACUCCUUUCUGGUUGUGUGUGUUAGAGAAAUAUAAUAUAAAAUCAUUGAAGGCUUAUAAGUUACCAAGUUGAGCUGUUAAAUGAAGGCCUCAUCAAUUGUUUUAUUAUAUCUC